CAGGGGACAGCCGCCCAGCUGCCCCCACCUCCCAGCGCGGCGACCGCACAGCGCACACAGCCCCGGGCUGGGCACCCGCGCCCGCUCGCGGCUCCAGGCGGGGUGGGCGGCGCCGCGCCAGGGGGUCCCUGGCGCCCAUUACUCCCGCCACCCGGCUGCGCUGACCGGCGCUAGUGCGCGGGUGGGGGCGGCGCGCCGCGGUGGCCCGGCGUCCCGUGUGCGUCCCGUGUGCGCCCCGCGGGGGCGCGGCCAGCGCCGGAGUAGACACCUGUCCCGCCCGCCGCUGCCAGCAGCCUCGGAGGAAGCCAGGGCAAAGAGGGCCGGCGAAGACCAGGUCCGCGCCGGAGGAAGCCGCGCCCGGCCGAGGCCCCGGACCCUGCGCCCCGAGCUCCACGGCACCAUGGCCCCGAAGCUGCUGCUCCUCCUCUGCCUGUUCUCGGGCUUGCACGCGCGGUCCAGAAAGGUGGAAGAGGAUGAAUAUGAAGAUUCAUCAUCAAACCAAAAGUGGGUCUUGGCUCCAAAAUCCCAAGACACCGACGUGACUCUUAUUCUCAACAAGUUGCUAAGAGAAUAUGAUAAAAAGCUGAGGCCGGAUAUUGGAAUAAAACCGACCGUAAUUGACGUUGACAUUUAUGUUAACAGCAUUGGUCCCGUGUCAUCAAUAAACAUGGAAUACCAAAUUGACAUAUUUUUUGCUCAGACCUGGACAGAUAGUCGCCUUCGAUUCAACAGCACAAUGAAAAUUCUUACUCUGAACAGCAACAUGGUGGGGUUAAUCUGGAUCCCAGACACCAUCUUUCGCAAUUCUAAAACCGCAGAGGCUCACUGGAUCACCACACCCAAUCAGCUCCUCCGGAUUUGGAAUGACGGGAAAAUCCUUUACACUUUGAGGCUCACCAUCAAUGCCGAGUGCCAGCUGCAGCUGCACAACUUCCCCAUGGACGAGCACUCCUGCCCGCUGAUUUUCUCCAGCUAUGGCUAUCCCAAAGAAGAAAUGAUUUAUAGAUGGAGAAAAAAUUCAGUGGAGGCAGCUGACCAGAAAUCAUGGCGGCUUUAUCAGUUUGACUUCAUGGGCCUCAGAAACACCACAGAAAUCGUGACAACGUCUGCAGGUGAUUAUGUUGUCAUGACUAUAUAUUUUGAAUUGAGUAGAAGAAUGGGAUACUUCACCAUUCAGACAUACAUUCCCUGUAUACUGACUGUGGUUUUAUCCUGGGUGUCAUUUUGGAUCAAAAAAGAUGCUACACCAGCAAGAACGGCAUUAGGCAUCACCACGGUGCUGACCAUGACCACCCUGAGCACCAUCGCCAGGAAGUCCUUGCCACGCGUGUCCUACGUGACCGCCAUGGACCUCUUUGUGACCGUGUGCUUCCUGUUUGUCUUCGCCGCGCUGAUGGAGUAUGCCACCCUCAACUACUAUUCCAGCUGUAGAAAACCAACCACCACGAAGAAGACAACAUCGUUACUACAUCCAGAUUCCUCAAGAUGGAUUCCUGAGCGAAUAAGCCUGCAAGCCCCUUCUGUAUGUAUAGCAUUGCAGAACUAUUCCCUCCUGGACAUGAGGCCACCACCACCUGCGAUGAUCACUUUAAACAAUUCCGUUUACUGGCAGGAAUUUGAAGAUACCUGUGUCUAUGAGUGUCUGGAUGGCAAAGACUGUCAGAGCUUCUUCUGCUGCUAUGAAGAAUGUAAAUCAGGAUCCUGGAGAAAAGGGCGUAUUCACAUAGACAUCUUGGAGCUGGACUCUUACUCCCGAGUCUUUUUCCCCACAUCCUUCCUGCUCUUUAACCUGGUAUACUGGGUUGGAUAUCUGUAUCUCUAAGUGUUGCUCAGAGUGAAGAGUGAAGAGCAUUUGGUACACACUCGACCUUCCGUCGCCCCCAGACCAGUAGUGACCAAUUGGGAGUAGCAAGGAUGGACACUGCUCAGUGUAUCUUGUUAUAAAUGACCUUUCAGCAACACAGGAAGUACCCGGCAAAGGUUUCUAUUAUGUAUUUUACACACACACAUACAUACACACAUACAUACACACACACACGCUAAUUGAGUUUUAAAGUAAUAUUCUUGCUAAUCCCUACUGAAUUGUAGCUUUGUGUUGUUUCUGAAUGGUUUUUGGAUAUGGGAAGCAGCUGCUGAUUACCCUUGCAAAGAAAUCUGUAAAACGUGCAAGUGAAUGUCUGAGAUGCUCUCUCAGGCCUCUAGUCCUUCUGUAUCUUUCCUUCGCAGCCCUGGGUGUAGUAGCGCUCAGGAGUGUUGAAUCACCCCUGGCCGAGACCACUCCUGCUGGCUCAGCCUGGGCACUCUGUGCUCCAGUGUGAACAGCAGUGGGUUCCAACCCCAGUCUCCUUUCUCUGUGGCCUCUCUGGCUCCAGCACCAUCGUCGUUAGCUGGCACCCCUUUACCUAAUAACCUCGUUCUAGGCCUGGGGAGAGUACAACUCGCAUUGUCUACGGUUUCCAUUGGAGGAGAAAAUAAGAUUUUCAAAAUGCUCGUGUUGUUGGGGUCAAAGAUGAUUAUCUCUGAACAUCAGAAGGUUAUUACUUUAUUCCAACUUACUGAGAGUCAACAAUAUUUGAACUUUGGGUUCUUGGACUAGUUCAACAACAUUUCACCUUAAGAGCUGUUUUUUACUAGGCCAAGGCUCAACCCCAGAGUAUGUGUCCAGCUUAUGUUAUAUUAUUAUGGGUUCAGUAGUUGUCUUCAUUUUGCAAAGAAAGGUAUACAGUGAACACAACCUGUUAUCUUGAAGACAUACACCAGAGUGUGAAAGACAUGUAGAUAAAAUUUUAUUUUUAUUUUUAUUUUAUUUUUUUUUGAGACAGAGUCACA